AUGCACGGCUAUACUCCGUUGCCUUCAGCAUCUCCCACCCACGGCAUCCGUCUCGACAGCGAGGCUGCACUAUCCUGGGGGGAUGGCGACAUCGCCGCUGGCCAGCGACUCAACACACUUUCGGUCUCACAGCCUCUCCAUGAUCGCACUCGCGGGCAUGAUAGGGACGGGUCUUUUCCUGUCGAGUGGGAAGGCGCUCUCGCAAGCGGGCCCAUUAGGUUGUGUGUUAGGCUUCUUGACGAUGGGGACGCGUUAAUAUCCGCCGAGAUGAGUGCGUUCAAGCCUGUCGGGGGUGGCUUCGUGCGCCAUGCUGCUAUGUGGAUCGACAGAAGCGCUGGUAUUGUCAUUGGUUGGAACUUCUGGUAUUCCAUGGCAGUGACAAUGCCAGCGGAGAUUAGUGCUGCCACGACUUUACUCGGCUUCUGGAACCCAAACCUAACUGUUGUUAUUCCUUUGGGGGUGCUAUGGUUUGCAAUCACUCUCAUAAACUUGGGUCCCGUAAGGCUCUAUGGGGAAUUCGAAUUCUACUUUGCUUUUAUCAAGGUUGCAUUUAUAGUCCUGUUUAUCAUCUCGGGAUUUCUGCUGGAUCUGGGCGUUUUCGGUCGGGACAGCGCCGGGGCGAUUGGGCUACGUUAUUGGUCCCCUCCUUACCCGCUCAUUCGUGAAUACAUUUUCAAGGGGAACGAGGGCCGGCUAGCCGGAUUCUGGUCGACCAUGAUCUCCGCGGCGUUUGCUUAUGGCAAUGUGCAAGUCGUAGCCAUCGCAGGCGCCGAGACUCGCAACCCUCGCAAAACUAUACCAGCAGCAUUGAAGACUACUUUCAUCCGGGUGGUGUUUCUCUAUGUCGUUUCCGUUUUUGUAAUCUCUAUCUUGGUUCCGGCGGACGACCGUCGACUUGGUUUACACACAGGAACUGCCACUCAGAGUCCCUUUGUUAUUGCACUUAGCCACUCGGGGAUUAAGGCUCUUCCAUCGCUCUGCAACGGAGUCGUAAGCACUAGGUCUGCAUUUCCAUUCGAGGGUUCGCUUGAACUUGCUUCCUAG